CAAAACAAGACAAAGAUUCGUUUAACGAGGAGCCAAAGGAACCGCAAAUACAGGGUUGCUAAUUGCCACUUGAUUUUUGCUUUGCUUUGGGUUUGGGAGUCAAAAAAAUGAGACCAAUGAGAGACAAAACACAGCACAACACAACAACACCCCUUUGACAAUUUUCACUGCCUCGUUGUCCUUUCUCUUUCUUUUAGGCACCCUCUGUGUCUGUGUAGCGACGAUUAAAGUGGGUACAUGUGCCACCAGUUUUUUGUUUGUUUUUCAUGUGUGUCAUGUCAUGUGUGAGUCUGUGUCUGCACUCUACUCACCAACUCUUUCCAUUUUCCAACCCCCGAAUCCAAGGCCUCAUUAGAUUCCUUUCAGAGUAGAGUCAACAACAUAUUGUUUCUUCUCCUGCACCACUUUCAAUUUUCUUUCUCUAUUACGAAUAAUAAAGAGUGUUGUGUUUUUGUGUUUUUCAUUUUUCCUAAACAAAAUAAAAUGAUGUUUUUGUUUUUUUCACGGUUUGUUUUGUAAGAUUGAAAGGGAAAGGGUGUGUUAAGUGUCGAGCAUCCAACUCCAACGAACGAAGCUUCCUACCAUACUUCCUACUGUUUCAGCUCUCUUCACUUUUUCCCUAUCCACCCAUCACUCGUAUUAAUUCAAAACACCCUCCAAUCCAACCCCAUCUCCAUCCCUAUCUCUCUCUCUCUUUCUUUUGUCUUCUAUUCUGCAACACGCUCCCUCUGUUUCUUUUCCUACCCACACCACUCUACCAAACACCACUUUCAACUUCUACCAGGUACCCUUUACUUCUUGCUUCGUCUUUUUUUCUCAUCUGAUUGAACCCUUUAGUAUGUGUGUCGUAGUCACUUGUUUUACUUGCAGUCUUGCUGUGAACGUCUUUGAUUUCACCUGAAGAUUGUCUUUUUACUCUCUUUUUUGUUAAUUUUUUGCUUUGAGUUCGAAAAACAGUGUGAAGGAGGGUGUACUGAUAGAGCACAGCUGAAGAAUCGCGAUGUUGAAGUUGAAAUAAUGUCACUGUAGGAGAGGGGUUGGGGAACAAAGGGUCAUGAUGUUCUUGAUUUGUUGCGUUUUAGAAUUCAAGGUCACUCUUUGUUAUAUAUUGUUUGCCAAUGGAAUGUAAUUAUCAGUGUGGCCAGAGUGUUGCAAGCUUGAAGAGAAAGUCGCGAGAAGAUGAAAACGAUAUACUCUUCAACACCUUUUCUCUGGAUGACCUUAAUGAGGAUCUCUUUGAAAGGAUACUUUCAUGGCUUCCAACUUCCACAUUCUUUCGCCUGAAUUCUGUGUGCAAAAGAUGGAAAUCGGUUGCUGAUUCUGCAAGUUUCAAGCUUGCCUGCUCUCACAUUCCCUCGAGGGAUCCUUGGUUUUUAAUGGUUGCGCCCAACCUUAAUCAAUCUGUUAUCUUUGAUUCUGCUGAGAGCGCUUGGAAGAGACUAAACCACCCACCUCUUCUGCAAGAAGAAUGUAACCAAAAUUGCAUGCCGGUUGCAGCCUCUGGUGGCUUGAUUUGCCACCGGAAAUUAUCAGGAAACUUCAUUGUGAGCAACCCCGUGACAGGAUCUUGUACAGAACUUCCCCCAAUUCGUGCCCCGCAGCAUCAACCUCUCAAUGCCAUUGUGAUGAGCACAGCUUGCAAAGACCAACUUUCCUUCAAAAUUGUCUUAGUCUUUGGUGAACUUCCAAAUCUCUUGUUCAAAGUCUACGAUUCAAGAUCUGGCUGUUGGGAUGCUGAGAUUGCUCUGAGGAGAAAGACAGAAGACAGUUCAAUGGAACAUGAUUCUACUGAUGACAACGUUGUGUACUUCCUCAGCAAAGCUGGAAUUGUUGUGGCAAGCAACAUGCAGAGAAGCCCCUCUAAGCAAUAUUCAUCGGUUAUUACCAACAAAGAUGGCCAAGACAUUGUGUACUUUGUUAGCUCCUCAGGGAACGUGGUAGCUUGCAAUUUGACAUGCAAGUGCUUCUCUGAGUAUCCUAGGUUGUUACCUGUUUUUAGUGAGUAUUCCAUUGAUGUUGUAGAGUGCAAUGGGGAGAUGGUAGUUGUUUUGUUAUCAGAAUUCUUGGAGAGUGCAACUCUUAGAGUGUGGAAAUAUGAUGAGGCUAAUAGAGGGUGGCAUCAGAUUGCGGCAAUGCCUGCAGCAGAUUCUCAUGUGUGGUAUGGAAAGAAAGCAGACAUCAAUUGUGUUGGAGCUGGAAACCAAAUACUGAUAUGCUUGAACUCCUCUGAUCUAUGCACUUAUAUUCUGUGUGAUUUGGAAACCAAUAAAUGGGUUGAAUUGCCAAAAUGUUGCAUAAAUGGAGAAGUCAUAGACUUUAUGUCUGCAUUUUCAUUCGAGCCUCGGAUAGAGGCUUCUCUAUGACAGCCAAGUUAACUUCUGUUUCUUCGUAGGAUUGGAUUUCAACUCAGAUUUUCAACAUAUGAAGUUUUCAAUGGAUAUGUUGAUGACAGUGAAUGAAGUUGACGGGUACCUGCUUCACAUGGGAAAACGGCGAGUGUUCUAAACAAGCUACUCUUCCGUACAUAUGCUGCUCUAUGUGUAGCAUGGAUUAUUGGGAACUUUAUGAGUUGAUUCAAAAUGAUAAAGAAAGAAAAAACUGUAGUUGUAACCAGAUUGAACGAAACUACCUAGGUUGAGUAAAAUCUGUAAAGAAAAGUUAAAUGAUGACAUGCAAUGUGCUUCAACAGUUUAUGACUGUACUGGAACAAGUUCUGUCAUAUUGCCAUUGGCACAACACCGAAAUCAUUUUUUUUUCUGUCACGUAAUACAUUGUUAACUGGAA